UGGAUCCUAACAAUGUACAUUCUUCUUCCAUUGUGGAUGAUAUUAUUGACCCAUUGUCACCGCCACUGGUACCAGUUACUGACUUUGCUACCUGUCCACCACAAAUGGAUUCUGCUUCUUCAUUCUCCUCACCUUCUAUGGACUUUGCUUAUCUCGACUCACUGGACUUUCAACAGCAGUAUCAACCCUCUUUCCCUAGUUCUCAAGGCAGUCAUCGAACAAUUUACCAAUCAAGAGAUUCUGUCAUGGCAUCUAUAGAAAAUACAAUACUGGAAAUCUUUGAAUCUCUUUCAAAAACAAAACCUGUGGAACUUCAAGUGUUAUCAAGAACACUGAAUCGAAGACAAGUCAAUGCAUCAUCCCUUCCUAGUAGCGAUCUGCCAACUGGAUCUGACGGACCAUUAUACACAGGAGAACCUCGGAUGAAAUCUCUUUCUCUGAACACUACUGCUUCUGCUACUUCUCUGACUCGGUAUGUACGUGUACUGGAAAUCGUCUACGAAGCUCUUGCCAACAAUAUCAUGGUGACUAAACGAGAUAUUUUUUACCGUGAUGUACCUCUAUUCAAGACUCAGCCGAUUGUGGAUAAGAUUGUCGAUGAUAUCUGUUGUCAUUAUAAUGUACCAAGAUCAUGUCUCAAUGUCAGCGCUUCUGGAAAAGGUCGUAUCUUUGGUCCUGCAAAUAUUAUUCUGAAAAACCACCGUGUUUUGAACUGUAUGUCAUCCCCAAAUGGUAAUUCUGAUGAUUGUAAUGAUGAACAAGGUACUCUGAUUCCUCCCAUCAGCCAAAUUCUGGAUGUCGAAUGUCGAGCUCAACUACUUGUGGUGAUCGAAAAAGAGGCUAGUUUUCGACAUUUGGUUUCGGUUGGAUUUGUACAAAGACUUCUUCAUCGUUGUGUACUUAUCACUGGAUGUGGCUACCCGGAUUUUGCUACGCGACAUAUGGUCAAACAUCUCUCUACACGAUAUCCUCGAAUGCCUGUGUUAGCAGUGAUGGACAAUGAUCCUUAUGGAUUGGAUAUUUACUCUGUAUACAAAUGGGGUAGUAUGGCACAAGCUCAUGAUUCAGUCAAUUUGACAAUCCCCUCAAUGAAAUUCCUUGGACUUGAAUAUGCAGAUCGAAAAAAGUAUCAAAUUCCAGAUAUCGCUUAUACGCCAUUAACUAUGAAAGAUCGAGAAAAAGGGAUUCGGAUGAUUCAAUCUGCUCAACAACUACAGUCUAAUGCUACAACUGAAUACAAGCAAUUCAUAUUGGAAGUAUGCAAGAUUCUUCAUAGGAAUCAAAAAUGUGAAUUACAAGCACUCUGUUCGGAUGGACCUUUGGGAUUUAUAGAGUAUUUACAAUUAAAAUUGGAAGCUCAACUCGAUACCAUAUUCGUUUAUUGAUUUAUGCAUUUUUUUUUUUUUUUAUACUUUCAAUCAAUAAACUUUGUUACUCUAUUUGUACACAUUCAA